UAGACUUACACAAGUUUUUAAUUCUACUAUGAUUUGGAUGUCACCAAUAUAACUAGUAAGUUUAAUAAAACAUACAGUUGAUCCAAAAGAUCAAGGUCUAUAACUGCCGACUCGAUGGAUCCUGAUAAUGCGGAUGGGCUAAAUUUACGGAAGAAGAGUGUUCCGUCGAGGGACAAGCAGACCCGAAAGGUACAAACACAAAAAGCGGUAGGAGAAUAUCCUAAAGGCCCAGUCGCAAAUCUAGGCACUGACUAUGAAUGGAAACUCCAUUGCCUAUUUGCAGUGGCUGCAUUCAAACAUUUUGACAACUGGAGCUUAGCAAAUGAGUAUAUAGAGGCUGGAAAAUUCGACGAUUUGGUAUUUAAAAUUAAUGAUGAGUGCUUAUUACUACAGGCAAAAUUUAAGGAAAACAAACAAGUCUCUCAUCAGAACUUCUGGUCAACUAAUCCAAAAUCUGAAAAUUUUAGUAUUUACAAAUAUAUUCUGUCAUAUAAUGACAUAAAAUGGAAGUUUAAAGAUCUCAAGACGAACGCUAUAGUAUUAUGUACCAAUGCCAAUUUACCAGAUAGUACAUUUAACUCUAAAAGAAUAUCUGAAAAUAAUAUAAUAAACAAAAUAUUUGGAACUCAAGUUAGAAUGGGUAGUAUUCAAGAAGAACAUCGCAAAAAAUUUGACGAAGUUAAAACUUAUCAAGAAAAUAUAAGCGAUGUCGAUAAAGACAAACUUACGUGGCGAAAUAUUUCUCUAAAUCAUACUGAUAUUGAAGAGUUUCUGUCCAAAUUUGUGGUCAUCAAAGUUAGUAUAGAACAAAUUGAUAAACAAAUUUCUGACCUCAUUAUGAGCAUGGAGAAAAAAAACCCUUCGUUAAAAAAUUUGUAUAUAAUAAAUCAUGUUCACUACUGGCGAAAUUUGGGCUCUAAACAUUCCGUUUUUAUGACGAAAAAUUAUAUGAGACUUAUUUGGUAUAGAGAGGAAAAUGAUAGAUGCAUUCAACAGUUUUUAAAUUACGAAAUCUCUUUUUUAAAUCCCUAUCAGUUUUCAAUUGCCAUUAAUUUAAUCAAAGUUGAACAUAAUUUGGAUUUAUAUUUAGCUAAAAUAGUUAACAGUAUAAAACAGAUUUAUAAGAAACAAGACAAACCCGAUGAAAUGUUCUUCAAAGAAGUACUAUUUCUAGCUUUACAGAGUAAUUACAAAACGAUUAAAAGUACUGUGGAAUGUUUUGAAAUAAAAAACGUUCAAUAUUUAGUUGUUUCUUUUCUCGAAAUGGACGAGAAUCAAAGUAAAGAAAUAUAUAACAAAAUAUCGAGAAUAUUAGAGACUAAUAAACAAAAGAAGGUUAUCAUUAUUGCAAAAAAUUUCGGGUUUCAAGAUACUAAGGUUGAAAACGAUCAAAUCCGCUUGAAUCUAUUCGAUGAAAAUACAAAAGAAAUAGUAUGUAACACGACUAUUGAAUUUCAAGGUGAAGCUGUAACAUUAAAACAUCUGUUAAAUAAUUGUAAGAUUGCAAAUUUAAUGGAUGGUUGUAAGUCGACAGAUAUCAUGGAUAAGUCUUAUAUUUCUUCCUUUUUUAAAUCUGCAGGAGAAUCAUGUGAUUUAAACAGAGAAUCGUACAUAGAACUAGUAGAAUCUAUUAAAGUUAUAUAA